AUGCACCCUAUUGGCAUUCCAUGCACCCGAGAUUGUAGAAGAACCGGCCGGACAAAGACACAAGAACCACGGACUCCACUCUCCCAUUUUCAUCCUCACUCAAGUUCCAUUCCUAAUUUAACGGGUCUUGGCCUGGACCUUGGGAGCAGAGCCCUUGGCACCCUGCUUGCUGACCUGUCGGACAGCCUGGCCCUUGGAGGCCUGGGCAGCGAGCUUAGCCUUCUCGGACUUCUUGGUAGCAGCCUCAGCCUGCUUCUUCUCCUUGCUCUCCUUGAUGGCCUGGGCGCGGGCAGCGGAGCGGGCCUCGGGUCGGAUGUUGCGCUUCUCCUUGAUCACGUCGAGAGAAGCACCGACGAUACCACGCUGAGCCUUGACAGUGCGGCGGGUUCGCUUCUUGGCAACCUCCUGUAG